AUGCCACAGCUCCCCUCAGUGUCUGAACUCCUAAUCGGCGCCCAUAACCCGGCGGGUCCGGGCGUUAGGCCUGAGUCUCAACUACCCCAAAGUUACAAAUCCGUGACAGCCGCCCAAAAAAGGCUGUCAGAAACAAGCCCCCGGCAAAAGGAGGUGUUUUUGCCUAGCGGCCCGGUGAAACCCGCACGUGUGCUGCAGCUGAUCCACGCAUACCCGGGCAUGGCGCACGGCCACAUGGACGGCCAUGUGGCCACAGCGCAUCUCGCCAAGGAAAGUCAUGUGGGACCUAGCGCCAUGUCCAGUGGGCGUAACUCAGUGCUGAGCAUUGGGCUGGAUUCGCAUGUGCCUAUGGACUGCUUCAACUACCGCGAAAGCCAUCGCCCAAGACACGUGCUGGUCCAUCUGCAACUGCUGCAUCUGCAACUGCAUCUGCUGCUGCUGCUGCCCCAACUUCAUUACCGGCCAAGACAAGAGUCGAGCGCUGGUCUCGUCACACGCGCCACGCUGUACCAAAGCUUUGGCUCGCAGGAGUCGCGGCUGCCGCUGGGCGAGUCGCCCACUUUCGCAGCACGCCCGCGCCCCGCGUCGUUUUCGUAUGCCCCAGGCCCUGUGCCUGCGGGAGUGCCAGGCCCGGCCUACAACCCGCAGAUGACGCAGGCGUUCCACGUUGCAGGCCCAGCUACCGGGCCAGCCCCGGGUGCGCCCGGCAUGGUGAUCCCCAUGGCGUUCUACAAUGGUGCCACUGCAGGCAGUGGCGAGGCCGCCAACUAUGGUCAGCCGGUCCCUAUGGUCGGGUACCCAGGCUACUACAACACGGUGCCUUAUAAUGCACAGGUCAGUCCUGGCGCUGCUGUUGCGUACGAGCACUAUCCACACGCGCAGUUCAAGGCGGGGCCCCCUUAUUUGCAGAUGGAGGGCAUACCUGCCGGCCACAGCUCCGCACAUUACCAGAAACAUGGGGUAUCCAUGGAAGAGAUGACCAGCGACCCAAACCAUGCGCUCAUCAACAAGCGGUGCAUCAUCAAACGCAGAACGCGGACGGGGUGCCUCACUUGCCGCAAGCGCCGUAUCAAGUGCGACGAGCGCAAGCCUCACUGCUUCAACUGCGAGCGCCUGAAGAAGCUCUGUUUGGGCUACGAGGCUCUGAAUGGGAAGGACUCCAGCAACGAGAAUACUGAAAAGGAAAGACUGAAAGGUGGCCUGAGAAGCGACCCAAGCAGCCCCACGAGCCCCAGCGGCCCGCUGCCCUCGAAGGAAAGACACCGCUCAUCAGUGCACGAUUUGAUGUGA